AUGCACAAAUUCUAUCCACAUUCAGGUGAAGAAGCAUUUGACAGCCCCCCUCCCUCACAGCCCCCACCUCCGCCACCACCUCCAGCUCGUGCCUGCAUCACCGAGCAUGCAAAAUCAUCAGUGUCGGGAAGCAGACCAAAUUCCGGUGUGGACCUGUUUCUUCCGUCAGUGGAUCACUGUUUAGAAGCUCCUUUACCACCCACUCGAAGAGCACCAAAUGAUGUAAAAAUAAAUAGACUUUCCCAAGAAUAUGAUCAACUACCGGCAUGCUCAGAAUGUCCACAAGCACCAGCCAGACCUCCCAAACCACUGCCACGCAGAACAGCACCUGAGAUUCAUCACAGAAGACCUUACAGCGCUGACUGUUCACCAGAGAAUGUAGACGCAAAAAUAGCUAAAUUAAUGGGAGAGGGAUUCUCCUUCGAAGAAGUUAAAAGGGCUCUGGAAAUUGCUCAGAAUAAUAUAGAUGUUGCACGGAGCAUACUGAGAGAAUUUGCGUGCUGCCCUCCUCCUGUCUGCCCACGUUUAAACCUAUAA